AAGUGCAUGAGCUGAGAACACCUCCCAAGGAGCGAUUUUGAGCACGCAGUUUCCACCUUUGUUGACACCUCAGACGGCCUGCCAAACAACGAUGAAGCUAAUUAGAGCUCAGACUGUCGAGAUUCUUGAAGGUGCCCGCAUCGAGCACUGCAGAUAUGCAAUCGUAUCGCAUCGCUGGGGCGAUGAGGAGAUUGAAUUCCAAGAGUUUGGGACCGUUUCUUGCCGAAAGAAAGCAGGAUGGAAGAAAGUGGAACAUGCCUGCAGAUUGGCCCGAGAACAGGGGUAUGAAUAUGUGUGGAUCGACACUUGCUGCAUCGACAAGAAGAGCAGCGCAGAGCUAUCGCAGGCCAUCAACUCGAUGUUUGAGUGGUAUCAGCGCGCCGAGGAAUGCUUUGUCUUCUUGACAGAUGUUGUCAGCACUGAGCCUGAUCAGAAUUUCAAACGAAGCGAUUGGUUUAAUCGCGGAUGGACUCUCCAAGAGCUGCUGGCGUGUAAGCGCGCCACCUUCUACAACAAGCGGUAUGAAGCCAUCGGCACCAAGGCCAAAUUAGCGGGUCACAUUUCCGAUGUCACGAGCAUCGAUGCCGUUUACCUUCAGCGGGGGAGGGAUGUGAAGAACAUCCACGAUGCGAGCCUUGCUGAGCGUAUGAGCUGGGCUGCCAAGCGAAAGACGGAGCGGCCUGAAGAUAUCGCGUACUGCCUCCUGGGCAUCUUCGAAGUCAACAUGCCCUUACUGUAUGGCGAAGGAGGCACACGCGCCUUUCUCCGCCUUCAACUCCAAAUCAUCGAGCACUCGGAUGACGAGUCUAUCCUUGCAUGGCCAGAAGAGUCGUGCAGGAAUGAAGAUUACCCCAACCCCGGCCUUCUCGCACAACACCCGAGAGCCUUUGAGUACUGUGCUUCAAUCAAGCCUCUUCAUACGAGACGCCACCCGCCUCACACCUUCACGAGUCGUGGAUUGGAGCUUCAUUAUGAUCUUUCCCUUGGACUGCGAGAUCCACGAGCCGGAGCGCGCCAAGCUUGCUCUCAUUUUACGCAAGUCUCCUGCCACAGGCAGCGCUCAGUAUAG